AUGAUAGGGCAGAGGAGGGUCCGUCUUCCCCCAUUUGAAGGCAGUGUCGCCUCUGCACCUCCGCAGCCGGGGACUGGAGGCUCCUCGACUCCUGCUUUUUCGGCACGGCUGUCCCACUCUCGGCUUCUGCCGGAGGAUCAGGCCCGGAAACAAGCAGCCGGUAUUCGGGGCCCGGCGGUAGUUAUCGCGGGUCCGGCUCUCCUGACCCAGCAGCGACGGGAACGUCUGACUUGCGAAAAGCUUUUAAAGCUGCUGCCGGAUCGGCAAUGUCACUCGAUACCCAUGGAUCCUAAGCCGUUAGCGGAACCCAUCCACAUGGGCGAGCUUGUGAGUAUUCUGGGACUUCGGGAAAUAAACACUCCAGCGAACGGCAAUUGUUUGGCGAUAGCUCUUGCUCAAGCGGUGGCUGAGUCUGCCUUGACCGCCCCUACCAAGGACCAGGAGCUUCUCACGGCUUGCAUUAAACGAGGUAUCACGUGUACAGGACUCUUGAACUUGGAAGAUCAGGUCCCUCACGACUUGCGGGUGCAGGCACUUGAGAACGUGGGCCGUGGGUGGGCGUCGAUGACGCGCACAGAGUCGGCUUCUCAAUUCCGCUGGUUUUUGACGGACUUCGCGGCCACCCCAUCGGGGCGAACUUCGCAUAGAGACAUCUUUGUCGUUCAACGCGAAGAAGCCACCCCUCAGUGGCGUUGCCGCAAGUAUCACCCCGUUUCGAUGACUGUACGGGGACGGGCGGUGGCUUCUGUAAAAGAGUACCCCCUUUCUAUUAUGGCGUGUAUCGACGAGCUGCAGGCUACCAAAGUCGGGGCGAGUCAGGCUCUACCGUUAGUGUUGCGGUUUGGCGGCAGCCACUACUCGGCAUUUCUCCAUUCAGCGGGAGUGGCCGAUCCGUUAAACCUUACCGAUACCCAGGACGGGCCGAGUGCGUCGACUCAGGAUCCGGUCCACUCCUUCGGGGACACUAGAGCCACAGCGUUGGUACCAUUGGAGGAGAAAAGCGCUUCAGCACUGCCCUCAGACGACAAACUCCUUCCUGACAGCGGUGACCGGACGUCGAUCGUCCUUUACGACGCUGGAGACGCGGUCGCUCGAACCUCGGCACAACCCUCUGGUCAAUUGGCUUUAACUUCUACUUCGAGCAGCUGUCGCGAACGCGGGAUGGCCUCUGCGGCGCGGAAACGGGGCCACGGCGGCUCUCCCCCGCUCCUGGCGGCGUCUGCGGAUCCAGGUGCUGUCGUUCCGAUCGGCUCUCGCCACAAGAAAGGUCGGGUUCGUUCAGCCCUUCGGAAAUCUUCACUAGACGCGCCGGACGACAGAAUCGAUCGGGACGAAUGGCCAGAGCUCUGGAGUUAUCUGGGAGCCGAAUGGCCGCCGUCAGCAGCAACUCCGUAUCCUCUAGUAUAUGGAGACUCCAACGGGUGGGAGGCUACGGCUCGUUUGGAGCCGGAAUUGUUACUACAUCACUUGCGCCGCUUCGUCUUUCCAGACGAAGUACUUGCUAGCUUGUCCGACACAGUUUUUGUACAGUGGACGGCGCUGUGGCGCCAGGAGUGCUUAUUAUCCGGGCUCCUAGAAUUCCGACAGCGAGUGACAGAGCUACCCACGGGUGUUUGGCUCGACCAAUGGAUUGCUCGAUCGCAGCAGCGCCUUUCGCCGUCUCUGCUGGCCCCUCUGAUUGACAAUUCCGACGAUUGGAGAAAGUUGCGAGGGAUUAACUAUGCGGGGGACGACAUUUUACGAUUGUGUGACCCGCACAGACGCGUCCGAAUGAGUCACCACCUCAUGUGUGCCAUCGUGUUCGACAACGAGAUUUUUGCUCUGACGGGGACUGGCGGAAAGCCAGUACGCCCUCCCGAGCAACUCCGUUGCCACUUUCGCUUACUUCGGACCAAUAGUACCUACAAGGAUACGUACUACCCAGACGGGGAUGCUCCGAUCGACUGGACUGCGCUCGUUCGCUAUUUUACUACUGCUUUGGCCCCGGCAGAGCAGAGGUUCCUCCUCGAGUACUAA